AUGGCUCCAACGUUACAACAGUGCCCCGUCUGCUUUAACCACUAUAGAAGCACUCCAGACGGGAAGUUAUGUCGGCACGGAGGUAAAGUGAAAGGACAGGAAUACUCGGGGUCCCGGAAAAAAGUUGAUCCAUCGGGCGCGAGGGCUGCUUCGCCUCUCGGUGCCGCACCCGACCCCAGGCCUGGGCUGCCCACACGGUCGUCCGCCGCAUCGGUCUCCGGUGAUCCUCUCGGCCUGGAUUACUCUGGUGUUUUUGAUAAGCUGACGGCCGUGCUGAAAUGUGUACCGGUGUACGACCAUAUCCCUAAGCCAUGCAGGGAGAAGUUCGCACAUGAUCUGAACGCCUUGCUGACGGCUGUUUGUAACGACCCUGGUGACCCGGCUCAGUGGGUUAGACUCCACUGUUUUGUCCCAUACGUCUUACAGAAGACUUCCAGAGGAGGUCGCCGGGUCAACCAGGGCAAUCUGGUCAACAAGCGUCUAAGCGAAUAUUCAACUAUUGGUCUUGAAACCCUGGUACUGUGCUUUGAUGGGUUCAAUAAUGCCAAAUCACAAAAGCACAACCCCGAUCGAUGGAUCAACGCUGUGUCAUCUUGUAUUGAACAGGGAAACCUGUCCUCGGCGGUCAGACUUGUCUGCUCGCCGGAGGGCCUGGCGGAGAGCUCGCCGGCCACCUUCGAUAAAUUAUGUUCUAUCCACCCAAAAAUUCCGGUGGACAGGCGGGUCUUUCCCGCAUUGACACCAACGGCUGGUUGCGUUUCUCCCGCCGAGGUGCUGAGGGCCGUUAAAUCUUUCAAAAACGGUUCUUCUGGAGGCCUGGAUGGCCUACGACCCCAGCACCUUAAGGAUGUUUUUUCAGGCCCCUUGCCAAUUGACGACACACUGAACUCCUUAACCCAAUUCAUUAAUUUGAUCCUAUCUGGAGCUUGCCCACUCUCCCUCUCUGAGCUUGAAUUCGCCCUGGGUCGUGUUUCCUGUCUUUCGGCCCAUGAUGCCUUGACUAUUAUCCGCAAUGCCCUCAGUUUGCCCAAAUUGAUGUACUUCCUGCGUACAUCUAAACACAUUGACCCUUCUAAAUUGGGCGAAUUUGACGGAGCCCUGCGCACCGCCCUGUCGUCGAUUUGCAAUGUUCAAGAACCAUCCGGCAUUUCUGCGCAUGAUGGUAGGCGACCGGACGGAUGCACGCUAAUACCUUGGAGAGCCGGCAGAUGUUUGGCGUGGGAUGUUACGGUCCCUGGCACCCUCGCCGAACGAUACGUAAACCUGACAAGUAAAGAAUGCGGUUUGGCCGCGGCCAGGGCAGCGGACGAGAAAAUGAAAAAAUAUGGGAAUGCCCUCCCCUCGAUGGAAUUCUUGCCAAUAUGCAUCGAGGUUCUCGGCCCGAUGGACCCCAACACCCUUAAAUUUCUUAAGGAAAUAGGCAAAAGGAUCAGUGUCAGAUCAGUUGCACAUGUUAGUUGGUCCGACUGUGUACAAUCUCCGGUGAAUACUACUACAAAUUUUGAUAAUUUUACGCUCUACGUACCUAGAAACAAACGUGCAAGAGUGAACUCUCCGAUCAUCAACAACACGAAAAAUGUAAAUCCCCAUUUGAUGAACAACAAAUCAAUUGACUUCAACAGCAAACCUUUUGACGCUAACAACAAGCCACUGGAUGACAUCACAAAAUCAAUAGAUAAAUCUGAAGACAACAUUGUACAAAUGAACACCAACACCACCGACAACCAUGAAUAA